ACACUUUGUGAUUGUGAUUUUGUUUGAAGUUAAACACAUUUAUAAUCAUUGCAAUGCUCAUUUUGACUAAAUGUCUAUCUCUUCUUUUGGUUCCAAAUACAGUAAUCUUCAUAAAUAAUAAAUCUUCAAUGGUUCUAUCAGAAUCUUCUUGUUUUAUUUCCGAAUAAACAGGAUGCUGAAAAAUGGGGUGUGUUACAAGCAAGACCGACAUCAAUGAUCUUCACCCUAACAUAUUUCAGGUGAUGAAUGUAGAUGAGAUGUGUAACCCGCUACAGCCGGGACAGUUGGAGGUGAGUGAGGCGGAUCUAGUGCUUCACCAGCGAGGCAAGACACCUGUCAGGUGGCCCAUCAAGUCUCUCAGGCGCUACGGCUUUGACGCUCAGCUGUUUAGCUUCGAAUGCGGACGACGCUGCCCCACCGGUCCUGGCAUAUUUGCAUUCAAGUGUUCUCGCGCCGAACAACUAUUCAACCUUUUGCAAACUCAGGUACAGAUGCGUAACAAUGCUGCUGGAGAUGAUGCUGUCUCUAACUCGACGGACUUCAGUCAACGAUUUGCCGAAAGUAACUACCUAGAGCCAGCUCCAGUUCAGUUUAGACAGAAUGGUAACCGAUUUUCAGUCCACAACGGGCGUCUAGGGAGUGUAGGUAGCAGCAGCAAUGGACCGCUGAGUCCCCUGGCCACUUCCCCUUCUACACCCCCUCCUCCUCCAGCCUCAAACAACAACAUAACAGCUCAGGAAGACAAGCAUUGCACAUUGUCCCACUCCUACAGCAACAGCACUGCUAUCUCCGAGGCCUGUCCUGGGAAAGAUCCCCCUCAGCCACCUCUUGUGCUGACAACGUAUGCCAACGUAGAUAUCACCCCCACCUCCCCCAAACUGGAGGCGGAGCCUGCCGUCGAAGAUGUCAGCAACGAGUUGUCAGAAGAAAGUCAGUUUUCGCCGGUCUACAUGAACGUUAUUCCCAAACAGGAAAUAAUUUUGCCAAUUCCUUCGGAACCCCCUCCCAAACCACAGUCACAAAUGGAGGUGGACUUGGAAGAAAGGCAUUGUUACGCAAAUUUGGAACCCGGUGAGAUCGAGAUUCUACGAAGUAAAGACCGAUAUCCGCCCACGUUUCAACUCAACACGGUCACUCAGCCUUCUACUCCGCCACCGCAGCAGAUCAACUAUAUUCUGUUGGACUUGGACCAAACCUCCUCAUCUUCGUCGUUGACGGGUCAAGGAAAUCAACCGACGUCACCGGUAACAUUGAACUCUGGAUUGUCAUUGACUCCUGAGUCACCCAACAAACCUACAGAAGGAUACGCUACCAUCGACUUUGAUAGGACUGUAGCACUGUGCGCAGUGACGUGUGCGGUCGAUGAUGAAGGGUCGCGGAAAACGAGGCACGACUCGACAAUGAGUGACCUCACCCUGGCCGAGGAGAAGGAGGUUAAAAGGACAAGGCACAACUCUACCAUUAGUGAGCUUAUGGCUCCUCUGGCUUCUCGUUUAAGCUCAUCCCUUAGUGAUUGAUCCAUUCCCCUGCAACAGGCGCAGUAGAGCUACGGGUAUGUCGAUUGUAGGGACCAACUUGUACACAACGUGAAACACUAUCUAAUCAGUAGGCAAACAGAAUUCUUUAGGCUUAUGAAAAGUAAAGUAUUAACAUUACCUAAUUUUUGUUUUGGCCUAUCUAUAUUGGAGUAACUAGGUCAUUUAUUGAGCCGUGACUACUUUCCACCGACGAAUGUCACGACUCAUUUUCUGUUUCAGUGUUCAAGUUGUUUUGUAUAGUGUGUGUUUUGCCAUGUAACUGUUUGACGUGCCCAGUGAAUCUGUGUGACACACACUUCUUCCUCCUCCUGCCAUGCAAUUGUCAUAGGCUCCGAGAUCGCAUAAUCGAGAACUAGUAAGCUGCUUCUCCAGUUCCUCUUUCUCAUGUAACAGAUUGUUGAUUUGGGUCUUCAACUCCAUGAUAUCCUCGACAGCGGUAGCUUGCAGUAAAGUCCCCUUAACACUGUUACUUUGAGCCAGUUUAACUGCCAAAGCUUCCUUCCAAGCCAGAUCUUUAUCUAGUUCCUGGAUUUCAUAAUGUUUCCUUGCCAACACAAACACUUCCCUGCCCUCAUCAUCCUCUUCUGCAACUGAUAUGUCAGCUCGGUGACUUGACUCGUUCAAACUUGUCUCCGCCGCCCAAAGCUGUUCUUCAAACUGAGUUCUUUCUGUCUCGCUUUUCUCGAUUUCAGUUUUGAGUUUAUCUAUUAGCAAAUUUGUUUGCAUUAAGGCGCUGUUGAGACUCGCUCCUAGUCUCUUAUUCUUCUCAAUCAAUAGUUUAUUCUUCUCCAUCAGCUCAGAAUGUUCAGGCGGACAGGAUGUGCCAAUCUGGUUGGAAACUAUUUCAAGAUGGAGUUCAUUAAUUGUUUGCUUUAGCCUGUUGAUUUCCUGCUUCUGAGGAUCCUGAUUGACAACUGGUUUGUUCUUGAUUUUGCGCGCUCGGUCUGCGUACUGCAGAGUAUUGACUGUUUCGUCCAGGUUAAUGUCAGCAAGACUUACACAAGCUAACACGAGAGUCAGGGCGUUGCCACCGAGAGAGUCUUGCAUCAGCCUAGUUAGUUUGCUCUCUCCAUAGUUAACAAAUGCUGACCUGUCGCACAAUGAAGAGAUUAGUUACCCAAUACAAACAACUCUUUGUUGAUGUUCACACCUUCUAUAAAAAGUUUUCCUUCAGCUCUGGUCCUCUUAGAUCGUUCCGACCCAGCAAGAUCUACCAAAUGGAACUUGGCAGA